AUGGCUAGGAUCGACGUCGCGGGCGCUCCAUGGACGCACUGCAACACGACAUACUGGAUCGCAGGGGAUACCAAUGACGCACGCCGUGACAGCAAGCGGAGCCCAACGUGUGUGAGAAACGGUGGCGUGCUUAAUUCCGCACCAGCGUGGCUACGUAGACGCCGUAUAAAGCAUAUCCCUGCCCAGAUCCUCCGUGGGCUCUGGGCUGAUCUAGAACUUAUUCAGCGCUACCGCUGCCGCUAUCAAGCGUUCCCGGCGACGCCGGCGCUGCUCCCCGCCGGCGACCCGUACGCGCGCGCUCAGGCGCGGUUCUGGGCGGACUACGUGGACAAGAAGCUCUACGACUGCGGCACCCGGCUGUGGAAGCUCAAUGGGGACGGCCACGCGCAGGCGCGCACGGAGAUGGUCGAGAUCCUCCGCACGCUGGAGGGCGCCCUCGGGGAGGGACGCUUCUUCGGCGGGGAGGCGUUCGGCUUCGUCGACGUCGCGCUCGUGCCCUUGACCUCGUGGUUCGUCGCCUACGAGCGGUUCGGGGACCUCAGCGUCGAGAAGGAGUGCCCCAGGCUGGCCGCGUGGGCCAAGCGCUGCGCCGAGCGCCCCAGCGUCGCCAAGAACCUGUACCCGCCUGAGAAGGUCUAUGAGUUCAUCUGCGGGUGGAAGAAGAGCCUCGGCAUCGAGUAG